CCACCGCGUCCCAGCCGCCCCGGCCCUGAGCGAAGGCUGCCUUGCUACCGCACCUGCAGGGCGCUCGCUGCCUGCACCCGGGUUGCACUGCUCUUCCCCAGUCCUUUCCUGCUGUCGCCGCACGGUUGAUGACUCUCUAGAGCCCUGAGCGACAACCAUGACCACCUCCCUGCAAGAUGGGCAGAGCGCCGCGGGCCGGGCGACCGCCCAGGACUCGCCGUUGUCCGUGCAGGUGUGCCGCGUUGCCCAGGGCGGGGGCGCCGCCCAGGACCAGGCUCGGGUCCCGGGACUGCUCGUGGUGUCGUCCGCCUCCGAUGCGACCCGCCGCGGUGCGGCAGACAGGAGAAAAAAGAAAGAUCUGGAUGUUCUGGAAAUGCCAUCAAUUCCCAACCCCUUUCCUGAGCUUUGCUGCUCUCCACUUACAUCUGUGCUGUCAGCAGGCCUGUUUCCCAGAUCGAAUUCAAGGAAGAAGCAGGUGAUUAAAGUCUACAGCGAGGAUGAGACCAGCAGGGCGCUAGAAGUGCCCAGUGACAUAACGGCCCGAGAUGUCUGCCAGCUGUUGAUCCUGAAGAACCACUAUGUGGACGACAACAGCUGGACCCUCUUUGAGUACCUGUCUCACACAGGUGUAGAAAGAACAAUAGAAGACCAUGAGCUGGUGAUUGAAGUGCUCUCUCAUUGGGGGAUGGAAGAAGAAAAUAAGCUGUAUCUUAGAAAAAACUAUGCCAAAUAUGAAUGUUUUAAGAACCCAAUGUAUUUCUUUCCAGAGCACAUGGUGUCUUUUGCAACCGAAACCAAUGGUGACAGAUCCCCUACACAAAUCCUGCAGAUGUUUUUAAGCUCAAGCACAUAUCCCGAGAUCCACGGAUUCUUACACGCGAAGGAACAGGGAAAGAAGUCUUGGAAGAAAGCUUACUUUUUUCUCAGAAGAUCUGGUUUAUAUUUUUCUACUAAAGGCACAUCCAAGGAACCACGGCAUUUGCAGUUUUUCAGUGAAUUCAGCACUAGUAAUGUUUACAUGUCACUGGCUGGCAAAAAAAAACAUGGAGCGCCAACUACCUAUGGAUUCUGCUUUAAGCCUAACAAAGCAGGAGGGCCCCGGGACCUGAAAAUGCUCUGUGCGGAAGAAGAGCGGAGCAGGACGUGCUGGGUGACGGCCAUUAGAUUGCUCAAGUAUGGCAUGCAGCUGUACCAGAAUUAUAUGCACCCAUAUCAAGGUAGAAGUGGCUGCAGUUCCCAGAGCAUGUCACCCAUGAGAAGCAUAUCGGAGAAUUCUCUAGUAGCCAUGGACUUCUCAGGACAGGAGAGCAGAGUCAUAGACAACCCCACUGAAGCUCUUUCGGUUGCUGUUGAGGAAGGACUGGCGUGGAGGAAAAAAGGAUGUUUACGCCUGGGGAAUCACGGUAGCCCCACUGCCCCGUCUCAGAGCUCUGCUGUGAACAUGGCUAUCCAUCGGUCCCAGCCAUGGUUUCACCACAGAAUCUCUCGCGAUGAAGCUCAGCAGCUGAUUACCCGGCAGGGGCCUGUGGAUGGAGUUUUCUUGGUACGGGAUAGUCAGAGUAACCCCAGAACUUUUGUACUGUCAAUGAGUCAUGGCCAAAAGAUAAAACACUUUCAAAUUAUACCGGUGGAAGAUGAUGGUGAGAUGUUCCACACUCUGGAUGAAGGCCACACAAAGUUCACAGACCUCAUCCAGCUGGUGGAGUUCUACCAGCUCAACAAGGGAGUCCUUCCUUGCAAGCUGAAGCAUUACUGCACUAGGAUGGCGCUCUAGCCAAACUGACUGUGACUCUUUACACUAUAGAAGAAAAAGGAUGCAAAGAAGAAUCUUUAAAGAAAGAGAUCACAAGGCUGAAAACGAAUCGUGGUGAAAAGACUAUUUCACCUGUGGGUUACAAAAAGAGGUCAUGCAUUGCAAAGUAGCGAAGACUUGGAUUCAUGUUAUACUCAUUACUCAAAAUUUAUUAGUUAAAAUUAAACCUUAGUUUAAAAAAAAA